AUGGUUUCAUGGGAAGGACGCGGCAUCGCCACCGCGGUGGUGUUCUUAACUGCUCUGAGCUUUUCUGCCUGUGACAUUUAUUCGUCAUCAGCAGAUGGCAUUUCGGGCGAGAGAUGUUUGCGUUUUGAGGAGGGCAGCUGUAGUGUAUGGUUGCACAAGGGCAAUGCGGCCGAGCAUUCUAUAAGUUUGGAGCGUUACCAGAUGCCCGAUAGUGUUUCUGCAUUACAAAUUGCGUCGAGUAACCAUGAAUCAUUUAAAAAUGGAAAAAUAUCUUUUGCCAAAAGAGGCGAAGGCAUAUUCGGUUCAAUAGGUUACGAUGAACACAAAAAUAGAAGGCCAGCGUUUCGUACUAUGACGAACAAGCUUAAUAAGCGCAUAGCAAUGCUCAAACGGUGCGAUCACGGAAAUUAUAUCCCGAUACAGCAAACGAAAGACAGCCUGUACGUUGGGGAGAUAAAAAUUGGCACCCCCCCGCAAACAUUCCAUCCUAUUUUUGAUACGGGCAGCACGAACCUCUGGGUGGUUGGAUCGACCUGUAAGGAGCCUUCCUGCUCUAAGGUGUCGCGUUACGAUGCGACACGCUCAACUACGUUCAAGAUGAUGGACACACCCAUAAAGAUUCAUAUAAAGUUUGGUACUGGUGAAAUUGAAGGUUAUCCAGCUAGGGAUACCGUGAUAUUAGGGAAAACAGCGAUUCCGGACCAAUCUCUUGCAGUUGUAGUCUCUGAGAGAUCGGUCGGUGGGGACAACAUCUUCGACAAAAUAAACUUUGAGGGUAUUGUGGGCCUGGCAUUCCCAGAAAUGAGCAGUGUUCCUGGAAUUCCUAUAUUCGAUCACAUGGCCCUUCUGAAAAAUAUGAAACACAAGGAAUUUGCUUUCUACAUAGGUGAAAACGACAAGGACUCACGGAUUAUGUUAGGAGGUGUAGAUCCGCAAUAUUAUCUGGGUGAGAUACAAAUGUUUCCCGUGGUCCGUGAGCACUACUGGGAAGUAAAGCUGGAUGGCCUCUACGUAGGUAACGAGAAGCUAUGUUGCGAUGGAGAGAGCUCGUAUCUCAUUUUCGAUUCCGGAACAUCGCUAAACACCAUACCAAGCUCCUAUUUUGACCGUUUCAUGUCAUAUUUCGAAAGCAAGAUAUGUGACCUUGGGGCGGAUUACCCUACAAUAACUUAUAUUCUGGUAAGCAAGCGCUUCAAAACAUAA